GUUUUCGAGCACAUGAGCCGUGGAAUCUUGCAUGCAACUAGUGGCCGAAAUUGGUAUCAUUUCGUGCGAGGCAUCCUCUAUGUUCCGCAAGCCUUUACUCAAGACAAGCGUAAUACUUCUGACUCAGAUGCGCACGCACGUGCCACCGGCAAAGAUGACCAGGCGGCGCCGUCCGCGAGUAUUCCGCCCUCUUAUAGCGGUGCGGCCCCCGCGGUGAACAACAACCCCAACAGCGCAUCCGCCCCGGGUACCAGCGGCCGAACCGUGGAAGCCUAUGA